UCGAGCAAUAUCCCCUGGCGAUUUAUCAGAUUCACCCUUUCCGUUACUCGCAUUCUCCUCUUCUCCGAGUUCCUCCUCACUGACGGAUUCCUUCUCCAUAUCGGAGCACCCAAUCUCCAGUCAUUCGAUAUGAGCAAUCAGCCGGAGUCUUCUUCAUCGGAGCCGAAAGGCCCGCCUGCGGCGAAAAAAGACUUUUCAACCGCUAUCUUGGAGCGCAAGAAGUCUCCGAACCGGCUUGUCGUUGACGAAGCUGUCAAUGACGACAACUCAGUCGUCGCUAUGCACCCUAAUACGAUGGAGAAGUUGCAGCUUUUCCGCGGUGAUACCAUACUGAUCAAGGGGAAGAAAAGGAGAGAUACAGUCUGCAUUGCCCUUGCUGAUGAAACCUGUGAUGAACCAAAGAUCAGAAUGAACAAAGUCAUCCGAACAAACCUAAGGGUUCGAUUAGGAGAUGUUGUAUCUGUUCACCAAUGUCCAGAUGUGAAAUAUGGGAAACGUAUCCAUGUCCUUCCUCUAGAUGACACCAUUGAAGGUGUUACAGGAGACUUAUUCGAUGCUUACCUGAAACCCUACUUCUUGGAGGCAUAUAGACCUGUAAGAAAGGGUGAUCAUUUUCUUGUGAGAGGAGGCAUGCGAAGUGUGGAAUUCAAAGUUAUUGAAACUGAUCCAGGGGAGUAUUGUGUUGUUGCUCCAGACACUGAAAUAUUCUGUGAGGGUGAACCUAUUAAGAGAGAUGAUGAAGAUAGGCUAGAUGAGAUUGGUUAUGAUGAUGUAGGUGGUGUAAGAAAACAAAUGGCUCAAAUUCGUGAACUUGUUGAAUUACCAUUACGCCACCCACAGCUUUUCAAAUCCAUUGGAGUAAAACCUCCAAAGGGUAUUUUACUAUAUGGCCCUCCUGGAUCUGGAAAGACACUCAUAGCAAGAGCAGUAGCCAAUGAAACAGGGGCUUUCUUUUUCUGCAUUAAUGGACCUGAAAUCAUGUCAAAACUGGCUGGAGAAAGUGAGAGCAACCUCAGAAAGGCGUUUGAAGAGGCUGAAAAGAAUGCCCCUUCGAUUAUUUUCAUUGAUGAGAUUGACUCAAUUGCCCCUAAAAGAGAGAAGACUAAUGGUGAAGUUGAAAGGAGGAUUGUUUCACAGUUGUUGACACUUAUGGAUGGAUUAAAAUCACGUGCACAUGUUAUUGUAAUGGGAGCUACAAAUCGCCCUAAUAGCAUUGACCCUGCUUUGAGAAGGUUUGGGAGAUUUGAUAGGGAAAUUGACAUUGGUGUCCCUGAUGAAAUUGGGCGUCUUGAGGUUAUUCGUAUCCACACCAAGAACAUGAAACUCUCUGAUGAUGUUGAUUUGGAAAAGAUAGCUAAAGAAACACAUGGGUAUGUUGGUGCUGACCUGGCAGCUCUCUGUACUGAAGCUGCACUUCAAUGCAUUAGAGAAAAAAUGGAUGUGAUUGAUUUGGAAGAUGAUUCCAUUGAUGCUGAGAUUCUGAAUUCCAUGGCUGUUUCAAAUGAACAUUUCCAGACUGCUCUUGGAACAAGCAAUCCCUCUGCUUUACGUGAAACUGUUGUGGAAGUUCCUAAUUGCAGCUGGGAUGAUAUUGGAGGUCUUGAGAAUGUUAAGCGUGAGCUUCAAGAGACUGUUCAAUACCCUGUGGAGCACCCUGAGAAAUUUGAGAAAUUUGGGAUGUCACCCUCGAAAGGAGUUCUUUUCUAUGGCCCACCUGGAUGUGGAAAGACACUUUUAGCCAAAGCUAUUGCUAAUGAAUGUCAAGCUAACUUUAUUAGCAUUAAAGGACCUGAAUUGCUUACUAUGUGGUUUGGUGAAAGUGAAGCCAAUGUUCGUGAGAUUUUUGAUAAGGCUAGAGGAUCUGCACCCUGUGUCCUCUUCUUUGAUGAACUUGAUUCCAUUGCAACUCAGAGGGGAAGUAGUUCCGGGGACGCAGGAGGAGCUGCAGAUCGUGUUCUAAACCAACUGCUGACAGAAAUGGAUGGAAUGUCAGCGAAAAAAACAGUUUUCAUAAUCGGAGCCACCAACAGACCCGACAUAAUCGACCCUGCACUGCUUCGUCCAGGGCGGCUCGAUCAACUAAUUUACAUCCCACUCCCAGACGAGGAUUCCCGCCACCAGAUUUUCAAGGCGGCAAUGCGCAAAUCCCCUGUUUCCAAAGAUGUCGACUUAAGAGCCCUCGCUAAAUACACUCAAGGCUUUAGCGGUGCUGACAUCACCGAAAUAUGUCAGCGCGCGUGCAAGUACGCAAUCCGAGAGAACAUCGAGAAAGAUAUAGAGAGGGAAAGGAAGAGGAGUGAGAAUCCAGACUCCAUGGAUGAGGAUGAAGAUGAGGUGGCGGAGAUUAAGGCAGCACAUUUUGAGGAGUCUAUGAAGUAUGCGCGUAGAAGUGUGAGUGAUGCGGAUAUUAGAAAGUAUCAAGCGUUUGCUCAGACAUUGCAACAGUCGAGAGGGUUUGGGUCGGAGUUCCGGUUCCCUGAAGCGGCUGGAGCGGCGGCAGCUGGUGGUUCUGACCCGUUUGCGGCGGCGGCUGGUGGUGGUGGUGGAGAUGAUGAUGACUUAUACAGUUAG